AUGAGUACACUACUGCCAACUGUUUAUCAACAACCACCCCGGCUGGGCCGCGGUCGGCACCUUAAUACUAUUCUGGAAGAGAAGGAGGACCCGCAUCAAUCAGUCAAGAGUGACAGCGAGGGUGACGGAAGCGAUACGACCAUCAUCGGUCGUCCGGCGGAGUGGGACCCAAAGCUAUUCACGGCUGCUCCUCGCAAAAGCUCAUUAGCAACAACGACCUAUCCUCCUUCCCCAAUCUCUUCAUGCGAUCCUUCUCCAUCCAGCAGUGCUGGCGAGGGCAUCCAACGGCAAUCUAUCAGGAGCUCAUAUAGUGGUAGUGAAUCUGGAACCGUGUUCAGUGAUGACUGUCCUUCUCUCGCAAGCGAUCCGACAAGCUUCGCAACCGAAUCAAGCAGGAAUAGUUUGGUUAGCAAUAGAUCCAGCCGCAACCGCUAUCCAGCAUUAUUGAUUCCUUCUGGCUCAUGGGAUUCCUCCAUGGACAGUCCUAUAAAAGAGAUCACUAUGGGCAUGUCACCCGCCACCAAAAUCCGACUCUCACCGACAGUCUUGUCCGCCCUGUCAAGAGCUGUCCCGGAGUUCAACGCACCACCUUCUUUGGGUGACAGCAACAGUACAACCUCGGAAUCUCCUUGCAUAUCUGGCCAGAGCGGUCCUGUAACACCAGACAUGAGGAACUUGCAUUCGGCGGAAGGACAAAGCUGGGGCCACGUCGCAGCUAGAGCAAUUGAACGGCAACCCCUAGAAAUUGCACUCGGUGAUGGACAAAGCGUGCUCCUGUCACCAGCCGAUGCUCAUUCUGCUGGCGGAUUGUCCAUGUUUCGAUCUCCAGUCGACUGGACAGAUAUGGUUGUGAGCUUCCCACAAGUCCCCGGAGCAACCCCGCAGGACAUGUCACCACUGAUGCCCACCAUUGAAGAAUUGAAGACAUUCGAAGAGAAGCCGGCUUCUAAUGGUUCCGAUCUAGGUGUAAGGCUGCCACCAGAAGCUUUGCAGACUCUACAUCAAAUAUCAAGACAAAGAAGCCCUGACGAAGUUUCCAAUCCUUCCUCGGGAGGCUCCCGUCCUUCCAAGAGAUCAGGAAGAGGACAGGAGAUGCGAGAACUAUCCGAGCCUGGGACUAUCAGCCGACCCCGUAGUGCAGACGGUGUAACACCAGUGUCAGACUACAGCUUUUCUCAGCUUAGUAUACCCUCUCCGGGAGGCUUCUUUUCCUCUCUACAGAAUGGCUCGCGUCAUACCUGGUGUCUCAGUAAGCCAAAGGGACCUAGUGUUCCAAGUACAGCCACCGCCGAACUAUUUUACAAUCGUCCCUGGGAGAGUUCAAGCUCAAGUAACGUGGUCGAAACUGUUCUUACAGUGGCGGACACCAACAUAACAGAAGGACCUCCCACCGCUCGCCAAGCCAACUUCAAUUUGUCAGACGGGACUACAUCUAGCAGACGACGCAGCUUACAAUCAGAAGAUGACGACCUAUACGGCUCAGGAAUAGUUGACAUGACCGCCAAAGAAGACCUCUGCAAGAGCUUCGAGUACGAUGAAAAUUAUGGCGCUGAUCUUAAGCAAUCGGCAGGUCUGUACUUGGACCGAACUGGAUCUUGGCUGGCAGCUCAGACAGGUUAUAUAUCAGCCCUACUCGGUGAAGAAUCGGACUUGGAAGCUCAAAACGAGGCUCAUUUAUCGACCAAAGAUGACGCAGGCAUUGUCGCUCGCCGAACGGUGCAAUUUCUCAACAAUCCCAAGCUUGAUGUAGCGGUUGUCAUCGACGGAGACAACAAGGAUAGCCCAGAAAGUGAGCCGGAGGCCAAGGAACCUAUCUUCCUUGAAGCUUUCGAACAUCUAAUGGCAAAUCGCAAACGGAGAGAUGCAUUUAUGCAUGCAACACCUCGGCUAGAGGCUAUCCAUCUCGCCCGUAUCGCAUUACCAGAGCAACAUAUGACAAAUCUCCUCGGGCAGCAUGCGAUGAUCGAGCCUAAACGACCCAAGUAUGCCGGCCCUUUUAGUCAGAACCCACGACAAACUGGUGUAUUCGAGCGUACUGCCGAGCAGAUUGCCUUCAAGACACUUGAGCGUCAACAAGCAGCAUUGAAGUCUCUUGAGGCAUGCAAUUGGCAGGUCGAUGCGUUGAGAGCAUUGUACCAUGGUCGCCUUUUGGCAUCACAGGCGGCGUGCCAGCGACUGAAGAGCAAGGCCACGAUCCCACUAAAUGACCCUAGUUGCGUGGGAAGCAAACGGAUACGUAUCCUGGACAUUGGGGGAACAUCUUCUGCGUCAUGGGCAUGGAAUGCCGCGUGCGAAUGGCCCAAUGUCAAAGUCUACACUGUGGUUACCAAACAGCAGGCACAGUCUCAACGUCCAGCUGGGUAUCCGAAGCCUGAAGCCCCACCCAAUCAUCGAACUGUUUCUGUUCCUCAUCUAUGGCAGUUACCAUUCCGCAGCGGACACUUUGAUGUCAUCUCUGCUCGCUCGCUACACGUGCUCUUGAAGAACAAUCCCGUUCCCGGAGUGCCUGAGAUCGACGAGUGGGAGAUGACACUUCGUGAAUGCAUGAGAGUGCUCAAACCAGGUGGUUACAUAGACUAUAUGAUCAUGGACUCUACCAUUGCACAUGCCGGUCCGAGGGGAGAAGCCAUGAGCGUUGAAUUCGGGUUUGAACUCCACCGCCGCGGCUACGAGAGGGAAGCAGCUCGAAGCUGGCUGCGAAGGCUGAAGAAAGAAGGCUUCAUCGGAGUCAAACGAGCAUGGAUGUUCAUGCCUAUGGGCAGGAAGCCAGUCGCCGAGGCUGAAGAACAUGUCCAUGGCUACACUGGCGGUUGGCAGACCUGGCGGCAAGGGGCGAAGCCGUUCGUCCCAGCACCUCGACCAAUAAGCGAGGUUUCGACCAUCAGCAAGAUUGUCAAACAGUACAUGGACGUCGAAGCAGUGCAGGGUCCUGUGGGGACCACAGAGGAUGUAGCUGACCUGACAGGAUUACUAGGUGCAUGGCUGUGGGAAGAGUGGCUGGUCAAAGUUCGAUCAGAAUCGGGACGAGAACAAUCCCGCUGGCUCGAAGGUGUGGACGAAGUGAUCGAGGAAGGGAGAGAGCAUGGAUCCGGGUGGAAAAUGCUGGUGGGCUGGGCUCGAAAACCCAAGCCGGAGAAAGGUACGAAAAACAUGCGUGCGGAAAUCACCGUGGGAGUCGAGGAUCUAGAAGAGCUAGGCUCUUCGGGAGAUGAGACGUUGGAGAGCAUGGAGACGGGCAUGAUCCCGAUGUUGAUUCAAGAGUGA